GUAAUACCUGUUCAAUACAUGCAAUACACGUGCGUUUUGUGGGGAAAUGUUAGCUAACAUACAAUUAUCAGUCAAUUUGAUUACAAUAUCAGCGCUAAGUCUAUGGAUCGCAAUCUAAGCACACAAUUGGCUGCCAUUGCGACCGGUGUUGGCGUUGGAGUCGCUAUCGGUUGGCUCCUGAGGGCUAAAAUACACCACUCGUUGGCCAAACAUUUGGGCAACAGAUCCAAAGAGAUGGCCGAACACGCCUUCGACGAGAUAAUGGGCGCCGAAUGUAAACUCGUAAUUGUGGUCAGAAGUGACCUCAAGAUGGGAAAGGGGAAGGCGUGCGCACAGUCUUCACACGCGGCCGUGAUGGCUUACGAACAGAUCCGCAACAAGAAGCCAAUACUGAAUCUAUGGCGAGCGUCGGUGCGAGAGCCCAGAGCUCUGAACUCCGAGCGAAUCAAUGGCCAGAUCUCUUGUCCUCCGCUUCCGAUGACUCGGAUUUGUUUGAUUCACAAGAAUCUCCGCAAAUAUAACGCUCGGGACAAAGCGCACAAUAUAAUAGGCAUAUGGCCCGGCACUAAACGGGGCACAACUGCCGACCAAAUCAUUAUAGUGGGCGCCCAUUACGAUACGGUCCGAUCGUCGCCCGGUGUCGACGACAACGGAUCCGGUUCUGCGGCUGUGCUCGAGAUCGCCAAACUUGUGGCACAAAACAAUUGCAAAUUAGAUAAAACUCUUAUAUUUGUUCUCUUCGAUAUGGAGGAAGAUGGUUUAAAAGGAAGCAAAUAUUUUGUCAAAGACUAUCUGAUUCCCAUUGAAGUGAUGGAAAACGGGGCAAAAGUGACGGCAGCCAUCAUUAUGGACAUGAUCUUAGAGCACGACUCCACCAGAAACAGCCAA